AUGGCAAAGAAAAGUACGUGACCGAACCCCCUCACCACCGGAACCGCGCUCCAUCUUCCUCCCCCCGAAAAUAAAACAAACCACUAACAUUCUCUUUUUCUUUUCGUCUAGUUUCAAAGCACAGCAGAGCAGCCCGCCGCGGCGAAGCCAACCCCACAAUGGCCCCACCCGACCGUGCAAUCGAAGCCCUAUCCCAAACUCCAGCCCCAGAAAACGACACCGUGCGCAAAUCGAUAAUCCGCACCCAGAUCAAAAACGAAAAUCUCCUCACCAAGAAACUCGAAUCGUCCAAGAUCCGCAAACAACAACGAAAAUCCACCUCCACUUUGAAACAAAAGCUAGAACGGAAUGAUAAGUUGCAAGGUGUGCUCAGCUCCAAGAUCGACGCGAGUAUUAAGCGCGCCAAGUACGUGCAGGGCGCGCGCAGGUCGAAUUGGGAUCAGACGAACGCCAACAUCGAGAUCCGUAAUCGCAUGCUGGAUGAGAUGAAGUCGCAACAAGCACCACGGGAUGUCGACGAUAAGGAUAUGGAGAAGUUGGAGGAGGAUGCGUAUGUGCGGAAGUUCUAUGAGGAGGUGGAUGGGCAAGAUCGCGAGGGCGAGGGAGAGGGAGAUGACGAGAGGGCAAAGAGUACAGAUCAGAACGAGUUGGGUGAUAAUAGAUUUGCAUUGUUGGAAGACGUAGAAGCUUAA